AUGGAACGCUGGACCCUAUUUGAGGCCUAUUACUAUUGCGUAAUCACUUUGUCAACGAUCGGCUUCGGCGACUACGUACCACUCCAAAAAGAGGGCAUACUACAGAAGAAUCCUGCUUACGUGGCGUUUACAUUGUUGUUUGUACUCACUGGACUUGCCGUGUUUUCGGCUUGCGUGAAUUUGCUGGUUUUACGCUUCAUGGCAUCAAAUACCGAUGCGGUCUCUGCUGCGGCUAGAGAACCACCAAAAACCGUCGUUUUCGAGCAGUUCACUAACUCUCGUACUGGCCUGAAUCGCACCUGGGACCCGCAGCGGAAGACGUCGGCUUAUUCGUCAACUUUUAGGUCCUCAAUCGUGUCCGCCAAUACGAAUACACGAGAUUUUUCGCGACUACGGAACUUUCCAAAAUUUCGAAAAAUCACCUGCUGCAACUGCACCCCAGAAAAACCGAAAAUCGAUAACGACAUGGCGCCAAAAAUCGAAUUUACCGGACCUCGUGAAAAAUUGAUGAUCGUCACCACCCCUCACGUCGAUGCCGACAAGUAUGAUGCGAUUUGCACGGUGGACGUAGACCCGGAGAGCCCGAAUUAUUGCCAAGUAAUUUCAAAACUCGAUAUGCCGUACAAGGACGAUGAAGUCCAUCACACUACUUGGAACGCUUGCUCGUCUUGUCGGGGGAAACCGGGGGCAAAGAGAACUCACUUAAUCCUGCCUUGCUUAACUUCUGAUCGGAUUUACGUGGUCAACGCCGAAGAUCCGAAGAAUUUGAAGCUGGAAAAGACAAUCUUCUCUCACCAACUUGCCGGUCUCGGCGUCUCAUUCCCGCACACUCCACACUGCAUUCCGGAUGGGAAUAUAAUGAUUGGAACGCUGGGAGAUGCUCAAGGAAAUGGACAAGGCAAUUUUAUCUUGGUUGACGGGAAAGAUUACCAACCGGUUAGCCGAUGGUUGAAAGGAGACGAGCAGUUGCCGUUUGGGCAUGCUUUUUGG